AUGAUCAGAGCGUCCCCGCCACCUAAGAGAAAGACGCCCUCGCCGCCGAAGAAAACGGCUAAUCAUUCGCCGAAGGUCCCCACGAAAAGUCCUGCAAGCGCAUCUAAUACGUCCCCGCCUAAGCGCGGAGUUUCCCCGCCGAAGCGGGGAACUUCCCCUCCGAAGAAGCGCUCGCCGAUCCUCCCCAAGAAGCGUCCCCCCCCGCCGCAUUCCUCCUCCCCGCCUAAGCAAAAAUCCCCCAAGCAACCGCCCCCCGCUAAACGGUCUCCGUCUAAGCGGUCUCCCCCUAAACCGUCUCCCCCGAAGUCCCCCCCGCCUGCUUCUCCCCCGAAGCGGCGCAAGCCUUCUUCAGCGCAGAAGUCUCCGCCUCCGCCCCCGCCGUCUCCGCCCCCGGGGAGCGGCGGAGUGGACCUGGGGAACGCGCAGAAGGUGCUGAAGAUGCUACAGCCGUACUUCGACGACCCGCAGUUCAUGAUGUUCGCGAUCAACGGAGGUCUCCUCACUCUCAUGGGCAAGGCACUCAAUUCGACAGAGAAAGUCACAUUCUUCGUACCGGAUCCCGACACCAUCAAGGACCUGCCCGACGACUCCCCCCUCAUCAACGACCCGGCCAUCGCCACGGCAGUGGUCAAUUUUCAUGUGGUGCGGGGCAGGCAGGUCACUUACACGGAGUUGACUCAAGCCGCCACUGGAACCAUGUACAUGACGGAUCAGCACGAGCCACUGGUGAAGGACGCAGCGAGCUUCCUUUUCAACGUGGUGCUGCGGCCGAGCCAGGGGCCUUCCCGUGCCACCAUCACCAUGCCCAACGCGUACACGGACGAGAGCAUGCAGGUGCAUGUACUGGACUCGCUGCUCAUCCCAGACUCCGUCUACUUCGCCCCUCCAACAACAUCCCCUACAAUAUCCUCUCGUCCAAACCCUCCUCCAAGCCCUCCCCAGCCAUCCCCGUCAGCAACCCCUACCCCACCAUCCGCACCGUCAGCCCCUCCCAUAGCAUCUCCACCGCCACCACCGGUGGCAGCAGAUAAGCAGAUCCCAGCCGUGGCAACAGCAACUUCUCCUCUGUCCAGUUCAGAUCCCAACACCACAGUGCCAGCACCACCUGCGCAGUGA